UUUUUUUUUUUUUUUUUUUUUUUUGGUUCUUUUUUUCGGAGCUGGGGACCGAACCCAGGGCCUUGCGCUUCCUACGUUGUUCCCUCUUAAUAUAACGGUAGUGUGGCUUAACUGUCCAUGAGCAAGUGUCCAUUUACCCCAGAUAGGGCACUUAGGAUAGGUCAAAAGUGGAAUCAUUUCUCUAGCUUUGUAAACCAAUGACCUUAUUGGAAUUAAAUAUGGCUACACGGGGGGAAGGGUUACUUACAGGAGUGACUCAAAAGCAGUUUCAUCCUUAAAAGGUAACAACCCAAGGAAAACCUGCAUUCCUGGGCUUCCUGCAAAACCUACAAUCAGCACCACUGAAGAGGCUCCCCUCCCCGCAGCCGUUCUCUUCUGCCUGUAGAAGUUUGGGGAUGGGCCCUGUGGAUUUGUGAGCUCCUGAGCAUAGGGGUUAUGAGGCAUCUAAGAGCUUCCUUCUCUGCAGGAGGGAGUCUUUGGGUUUGGAGGAGGAGGUAGCUGCCCAGAGCAUAGGGAAAAUGCUCACGGGUUUGUUUCUAGUGCUGUGCACUGCACAGUCAUUGCGGGUCAUGUCACACAUCCUGUUCUGGUGGGUGACCUGUUGGAGAUCGUCAUAUAGUGAGCGUUCCAGGUCGUUAUAGCUCAGGCAGCUCUUGAGUUACAGAGCUGCUGUGGGCCUAUGUCUUUGUGAAAGAAGUAUGUUGAAUGGUCUUUGGCUGGGUCGGGUGGCCUUUCGUGGAGAGACUUGAGUGCCCAUUCACCUUAGACAGAGCUCUGAUAACAGACCAAAGAAAGAUGUUGUGCGACACUGCUAUUAGGGAACGAACAUUUACCCACCGCAGGUAGGAGCAGACAACAGACCACAGUAUGGAUAGCACCAGAGUCCAUCUGGUGAUCCUGUGAAUUUUAGUGGAGUUAUUUACUGGAGCAGAAAUGACUCUGACGGCUACAUCAGAGCCCACGCAAGCAUGGGAGGCAGACAGCUCAGGAAAGCUAGAAACAUGGGGCAUGCCCGUUAGAGAGUGACCUUUCCUAGUGGCUCGGUUGGUCUGAGCCUCUUCCAGACAGCUCAGCUGUCAGAGAGUCUUCUAGGCCGCUUGGAUAGCCUCUGUCUCAUCCAGGUUGCUAGGCUACUCCCUGCUUCUCUGGGGCAGCUGGGCUCUUCUCAGAGUCUGUCUUCGCUGUGGUUUGUUUUGUGAGAGUGACUCUCAGCAGUGUAUUUUUGAGAGGGAAGGGCCUCUGGUCAGUCUCCGGGAUUUGCUGAAACUGUUUUGAGCUGUUGUUCUAUCUUUUGGAGCGUUCCUGUAGGAUUGAUGACUACUGAAGUGCAAGCAAACAUUCCCACCCAAGCCAAGACUUAGUGGAUCACCAAGUUUGUCGAGGCUGCUUAAAGGAACAUGGGCAAGCCAGAGGCAGCCGUAUCACUGAAAACCCCACCCCAGUGUGGGCUCCACUGGAGAGUCUCCUCUCUGAGCAGUUGUUUUAGCAUGUAUAACUUUGGUAGUGGCACUGUGGAUCUUGUAACUUUGAGCUUCCUGAGACUCUCACCAGGGAAUUCCCUGCCUGCAGAACUGUGAGGCUGACUCACGUUCUCUAUCAGAAGAACUCAUUGUUGAUACUUUGUUGGUGAGGGGAUAUGGUGUGAACAAAUCAGGCAAGAGCUGCUCUCGUGGCUGCUGUCCUCAGAAGGCUAUAUGAUCUGUGGGCUGAGAGGUUCCCUUAAAACCUGGAACGCAGCAGCGACCUGCUUUCUAGUUAUAGAUUUUAACACUCAGGCUUCAAGAGAAGCCUGUGUUGUCAAGUUUUUCAGGUAAUUUUAUUUUAUUUUGAGGCAGGGUCUUACUCUGUGACCCUGGAUGACCUGGAAUUCACUGUGCUGGUCUUUUUUUUUUUUUUUUUUUUUUUUCUUUUUUUCUUUUUUUUCAGAGCUGGGGACCGAACCCAGGGCCUUGCGCUUGCUAGGCAAGCGCUCUACCACUGAGCUAAAUCCCCAACCCUACUGUGCUGGUCUUGAACUCACAGAUCCACCCACCUCCUAGCAGUGGAUUAUGGGAUUGAAGGAAUGUGCCUGACACCCAGCCUCCGUGUGAUCAUGCUUAUUCUAAGGUCUGUCUGAAACAGUGAUUGAGUAAUGGCAGGUGUGGAGGUCCUGUGAGGUAGGAAGGAAAGGACGGGGGAGAGAGAAAUGCUGUGGGACUUGUUCAGCUAGGGUAGAACAUAGAAGUGCAGGCAGCCUGGCCAGGCAUGUAGAAUAGCAACGUUGCCUUGGAGCAGGUACAGCUGGUAUGUUCUGUGUUACAGGAAUGAAGAAGGGUUGAAUGAAGUGGCCAAGUCAGGAGAUAGCGGCCUUCUAAGGCCCGCUUGUGUCAGCUGUCUGUGUUGGAGGGACACAGAUGCGGAUCUGCUGUGUGGUCUGACUAGAAAGAGCCUCCACAGGCCACAAUCAUAACUUGGCUUUGUGCAUGACAGAUAUUACUGACUCACACAUAGCUGAUGUCGCGAACCUAAAGUAAUCAGAAAAGGGACAAAGUAACCGUUGUCCCAGUUACUUUCCUAUGCUCUGAUAAAACCCUGUGACCAAAACAGUUCAUACAAGAAACCCGAUGCUUUCAGAGGUUUAAGAGUUUGUGAGGGUGGAGAAGGCAAAAACAGCGGAGAACUCUUAUCUCACAGGCAGGUGGCAGAGAACAGACCAGGAAUGACAGGAGACAUUUCAAGUCUCAAAGCCUGCCUCUGUGACACACCUCCUCCUCCAAGACCACACACUUCCCAGUUCUUCCCAAACAGCUCAUCAGCUGGGGACCAAGCUUCAAACCACAGGGCCAUUUGUAGUCACACUGCCACAAUCUGUGCCCUGGCCUCCUUAGAUUCCUGGCCGUAGCAUAACACAAUGCAUUUGCUUCUGCCUCAAAACUCCUCUUAGUCUGUCAGUGUUUAAAAGUCUAGUCUCUUCUGAGACUCAAGGUAAUUUUUCAUUUUUCAUCACAAAUAGGACUUUUUUUUUUUAAAGAUUUAUUUUAUUAUAUAUAAGUACACUGUAGCUGUCUUCAGACACACCAGAAGAGGGCAUCGGAUCUCUUUACAGAUGGUUGUGAGCCACCAUGUGGUUGCUGGGAAUUGAACUCAUGACCUCUGGAAGAACAGUCGGGUGUUCUUAACCACUGAGCCAUCUCUCCAGCCCCCAAAUCGGACUUUUUAUUUGUCAUUAUUAGCAAAUCUGAGUUUUAAGCCUCUGCCUCCAGAGUGCUGGGGUCAAAAGUGGCAUCACCAUGUCCAGUCAAAUCAGCUACAUAAAACAUGAGAAUUAAGAACCAGGUGGUAGGGAAGAGAUACGCUUGAGGGCAUAAAUGUGGUCAUCUUAAGGGAUGCCUUUUUUUUUCCUUUAAUUUUAAGGAAUGGUCUUGUAGCCCAUACUGACCUUGAACUCACAUCUAUCCUGCCUUAACCUCAGAUGCUAAGAUUGUAGGUAUGGACAAUGGUAUUUAUCUCCCAGCAUUUUAGUAUCUUUGUGCACACGCCAUAGCUGGCAUGACAGCUUCUGGGAGUCAUUCUGUCCUUCCCUCAUCUAGAAUUUAGGAUGCUCGGCUGGGAAGCAAGUGUAUUUACCUGCUGCACCAUUUUACCUAAUUUAAAGGUCUCACUAUGUAGCCCGGGCUGCACUUAAAUUCCCUGUGGGCCUCCUGCCUCAGCUUCCAAAGUCCUGAGAUUACAGGUGAGUCACCAGCCCUGUUUUGUAAUUUUGUGUGGGUCUUUUCAUAGACCUGGACAUCCUGGAACUCAAGUGUGUAGACCAGGCUGGUCCUUGAAUUCUGAAGAGCCGCCUACCUCUGCCUCCCAAGUGCUAGGACUAAAGGCAUGCCCACCUCUGCCUGGCUGGAGAUGAUAGCCAUAAAAAAAUUCUCUAGAAGUCUUUACAGUGACUUUAGUUCAUAUUUAUUCUGCUUGGAUAUUUAAAUAGGUAAACAAAAUGACAGGCUCAUACCUCAGUUUGAAUUCCGGCCCUUGCAUCCUGUCCUGGCCGCUCUUGAGAGGAUGUGGCAUUGGUCACAGAAGCACCCAAUCUCCUAUCUCCUGUUCCAGGGUCGUCUGGGGAGAUGCUCGCAGCAGCUGGCUCUGCAGGGAAGACUGACUUCAUUUUCCCCGAGCCUGUACUCAAAACCUCCCAAAGGGUUUGAGAAGUUUUUUAAGAAUAAGAAGAACAGAAAAAGUGCAAGCCCAGGAAAUUCAGUAGCUCCAAACAAAGAGCCAAAGAAUUCUGGCCCUGGAGGAGAUGGAGGCCACAGAGGAGGGAAGGGAGAUGACUUCACCUGGUGGAAACGGAUGCAGAAGGGAGAGUUUCCUUGGGACGACAAAGACUUCCGGAGUCUGGCUGUUUUGGGAGCCGGUGUGGCCUCGGGAUUUUUGUAUUUCUAUUUCCGAGAUCCUGGAAAGGAGAUCACCUGGAAACACUUUGUGCAGUAUUACCUGGCCCGAGGUCUGGUGGAUCGGCUGGAGGUUGUGAACAAGCAGUUUGUGCGAGUCAUUCCAGUUCCCGGUACCACAUCUGAGAAGUUCGUGUGGUUUAACAUUGGUAGUGUUGACACCUUCGAACGGAACCUCGAGUCCGCCCAGUGGGAGCUGGGCGUUGAGCCCACCAACCAGGUCUCGGUGGUUUACACAACUGAGAGCGAUGGCUCCCUUCUUAGAAGUCUCGUGCCCACUCUGGUCCUGGUCGGCAUCCUUCUCUAUGCUAUGAAGAGGGGUCCAAUGGGGACUGGCCGCGGUGGGCGAGGAGGAGGCCUCUUCAGUGUUGGCGAGACAACAGCCAAGAUCUUAAAGAACAACAUCGAUGUGCGGUUUGCAGAUGUGGCUGGCUGUGAAGAAGCCAAACUGGAAAUUAUGGAGUUUGUGAAUUUCCUGAAGAACCCAAAGCAGUAUCAGGAUUUAGGAGCCAAAAUCCCAAAGGGAGCAAUGCUCACUGGUCCUCCUGGUACUGGCAAAACGCUUCUUGCAAAGGCAACUGCGGGGGAGGCCAAGGUGCCCUUCAUCACUGUGAAUGGGUCGGAGUUCCUGGAAAUGUUCGUUGGUGUUGGGCCAGCACGGGUUCGUGACAUGUUUGCGAUGGCCCGAAAACACGCUCCUUGUAUUUUAUUCAUUGAUGAGAUUGAUGCAAUUGGCAGGAAGCGAGGCCGUGGCCACCUGGGAGGCCAGAGUGAGCAGGAAAACACAUUAAACCAGAUGCUUGUAGAGAUGGAUGGGUUCAACUCUACCACUAAUGUGGUAGUGUUAGCCGGCACCAAUCGCCCUGAUAUCCUUGACCCAGCCCUGACACGGCCUGGCCGGUUUGACCGCCAGAUCUACAUCGGCCCCCCUGAUAUCAAAGGCAGGUCCUCUAUCUUCAAGGUCCACUUGCGUCCACUCAAGCUGGAUGAAAGCCUCACCAGGGACGCUCUUUCGAGGAAGCUGGCAGCUCUAACUCCAGGCUUCACUGGUGCUGACAUUUCCAACGUGUGCAAUGAAGCAGCCCUGAUUGCUGCCCGUCAUCUCAGCCCCUCUGUCCAGGAGCGGCACUUUGAGCAAGCCAUCGAGAGGGUCAUUGGAGGCCUUGAGAAGAAGACCCAGGUCCUACAACCCAGUGAAAAGACAACUGUAGCCUACCACGAGGCGGGGCACGCAGUGGUGGGCUGGUUCUUGGAGCAUGCAGACCCUCUGCUGAAGGUAUCCAUCAUACCUCGGGGUAAGGGGCUGGGCUACGCGCAGUACCUUCCCCGUGAGCAGUACCUCUACACCCGCGAGCAGCUCUUCGACCGCAUGUGCAUGAUGCUGGGGGGCAGGGUGGCCGAGCAGCUGUUCUUUGGUCAGAUCACCACAGGGGCUCAGGAUGAUCUGAGGAAGGUCACCCAGAGUGCCUAUGCCCAGAUUGUGCAGUUCGGAAUGAGUGAGAAACUGGGCCAGGUAUCCUUUGACUUCCCCAGACAAGGCGAGACCAUGGUGGAGAAGCCGUACAGUGAGGCCACUGCCCAGCUCAUUGAUGAAGAGGUGCGGUGCCUUGUCAGGUCUGCCUAUAAUCGGACCCUGGAGCUGCUUACACAGUGCCGGGAGCAGGUGGAGAAGGUUGGCAGGCGACUGCUGGAGAAAGAAGUGCUGGAGAAAGCCGACAUGAUAGAGCUCCUGGGCCCCCGGCCCUUUGCAGAGAAGUCCACCUAUGAGGAAUUUGUAGAGGGCACCGGCAGUCUAGAGGAGGACACAUCCCUUCCUGAGGGGCUGAAAGACUGGAAUCAGGGGCGGGAGGAACGAGGCACUGAGCAGAGCUUGCAGGAGAGCCCUGCGUAGCCUGUGGCCAUCAGUGGUGGCUGUGACCACUGAUGACUGGGAGCUGCUCAGCCUUGGCAGAGCAGUGUCAGAGUAACUGAAAAACCAAUUAAAACAGGUGACAACUGCAAA